AUAGGUACCUUGUACGUGGUUUUGAGUUUUGACGUGUUUGCAAAGAGCACCUAUCACCACAUCACUACCCUAUAUACAUCCUACUCUAUGCCUAUUGCCUAUCACCUUCACCUAUGUAAUCACGACGUUUUUGUCUACGUUUGUAUACGUUUAAUCAUACUCUUUCUCUUUGCGUUUAAUAAUUUAACACCAACACAGAAUAAUUAAAUUUAACGGAGGCCACGAUAUACGUGCUCUUUAUUAUUUAAUUACAAUGGAUCUUAGAGCUGAAAAAAUAGCAAAAGCCAGGCAAAAGCUCAAGGACCACCAGGAAAAGAAGAUUAUUGAUAUACAAAAAGAAUAUUGCAUAAAUAAAUCAUCAUUACCAAUUCAGGAAUCAAUAAAUAACACUGUGUCUGUAAUCACGGAUAGGGUGAGUCAAGAUGGUUUAGAAGUAAACGAAAAAGAACCUCUGAAUGAAAUUAUUAAUAGUGAUAAUAGCAUAGAAAACAAAACUGACGUCAACAUAACUGAAAUUUUGAUUUCAACCAAAAUGAAUCUAGAAACACAAAUCAGAAAUUUAACUGAAAAGUUAUCCCAUUUGGAAAGCCUUUAUAGAUCAGAAAGUAGUAAUCAUGAUAUUGCUAAACAAAAAGUUGAUUCUUUAGAACAUGAACUAAAUAUCUUAUCCAACAAAUAUGAAAAUGCUGUACAAAAGAUCUCGCAUAAAGAUGGAAGUUUAGCGGAAUUGAAUAGCCUAAUUAGUAAUAUGAGAGAUGAAAACAACAACUUAGCAGAACAAUUAGAGUUUACCAAGUCUAUAUUGUCAACAAAAGAAAUUGAAAAUACACAGCUUCACCAUGAUAUAAGACGUUUCCAAAACCAAAUAGACCUGUUGCAGCUUCAAAUACAACAAUUGACUAACAACACAUUUACUCAAUCUGAUCAAUGCAACAAGGCUUUUGAAGAGACCCAAGCAUUUGUGAAAAAAAUAUCUAAUUUGGAGCAAACGAUUGAAGCUCUACAAAAAAAUAGAGAUCAAAUUAAUUCUCACUAUGAGCACUAUGUAAGAGAGUUAAAUGAGCAGUACAAGUCCGAAGUUAAAAAGAAUGAAAAUCUUGCACAAGAAAUACAGAACUUGUAUAAUAGAGAAAAUAGUCUCAUUGAACAGAUUAGUGAUAUGGAAAUACGUCUACAAAAUUAUUACACUAUAAAAGAAGACAAGAUUCAGCAAAAGGAAAGUGAUACAGAGAUGCAGAAUCUAUACCAGAAAACAAAAGUACAACUUACUGAAUUAAACAGUAAAUAUGAAGAACUUCAGAAGCAGUACAUGGACAGUCUUGCAAAGAUUCAUCAGUUAAACCAAGACAAAGAAACAGAAUGCAAUCAUGACAACAUAAGCAUUAACAAAUUGAAUGCUGAUAUAACAAGUGAUAAAAUUGCAGCCCAAAGAGCAACUGAACAAAAUAAAAAGUUAAAAUCUGAUGUUGAAGACCUAGAACAAGUUAUUAUAAAAAUGGGCAAAGAUAAAUUAGAACUUACAGAAUUGUGGACACAUGAAAAACAAUUGAACAAAGGAUUAGCACUUAAAUUAGCUGAAGUUGAAGAAAAUAUAAAGAAUAUGUUAAAACUGUUAAAAGCUAAAGAUGAAGAAAUGAUAAGAUUACAAAAUGAAAAUAGGGAAUUAGAAAGAAAGUAUGAAACUAUCAUGGAACAGAUUAACAAGUCGCAAUAUGAAGAUUUAGAAAAAAAACACAUUCACAAUGAUAAUUCAUGUCAUAAUAAUAACCAUGAAGAAAUACCGGAAAUUACACCUGAAGUAACAUCUCUCGUAGAAGUUAAAAACCCAAUGCCAAAAUUGGAUAUGCACAGUGAUAACAUUAUUCCAAAACAAGAUGCUAUGAUUAAACUUCAAGAACGUUUUCUUAACAUAAUGGAUCAAGUUGCUAAUCUGUCUGAUGAAAAACACAGACUGGAACAUAUUAUACUACAAUUACAAAACGAAACUGAUACUAUUUGCGAAUAUGUGGCCCUUUAUCAACAACAACGUAGUUUGUUAAAGAAACGAGAAGAAGAAAGGAGUAAUCAACUAAAAAUUUAUCAAACAGAAUGUGACAAAUUGAAAAAUCAUUUGGAGGAACUUCGUGAUUUGCUUCUGAAGUUUGCCGGUGAUCAUGAAAUGGAAUCAUAUUUCAAAGAAGAUCAAAGGCAUAACGAUUUGACGAGAGUUAAAGAGUUACUUGACGAGUUACAAAACUGUUCUUUAAUCAACCCAAAAUUUAAAAAUCUAGAUUUAAACAUUUUUUACCCUUGUAGCUGUUGCUCAGGUCAAGUUAUUGAUAUUUGAUAAUUUAUAUUAUAACCAGUGCCCUGAGUGUAUUCCAGUAAACUAUUUUUCAAGUUAAUUCACGUGACGUGAGUUAACUAAAAAAUUACACACAGUGUGCUGUUAUCAUAAUUUAAUUUGUAACAGGUUUUUCAAUAUUUUUUUGCUAUUUGGCCCUUGUGGUCUUUAGAAUAAAAAUUGUUUCCACAAUUUUUUUUAAAAAAGACGCCAUUUUUACUAUUGGAAAAAUUCUUCUUUCUUUUAAAAUUGACAUCUUGAUUCUAAAGGUUCUUGUGAUAACAUAAAAUUCUUACAAAAAUGUAUGGAAAAUGUUGUGUUAUACACGAAAACCCAAACAGUUAAGAAAGGUACUGUGCACGUACCUUUGAAAUUCUUGACGAUGAUAAAACCUCGCCGACGACUCGGGCUUAUAAACAUUAGUUUGUUUGUAAUAACUUACUGCCUUUGUAUCGCAAUAUACCUAGCUACUAUUACUAUUAAGUUGGACUGCUAAUAAAAUAUGAUGUAUUACACCUACACGA